AUGUUUUAUUCAGUAUCGUUAUAACGUUGGUUCAGUGCAGACGUGUUUUAACAUUAGUUGCUUUUUCUGUCUUUUCUUUGCGUUUAUAAUUGUAUUAAUUGGUCAUUAAGUUAACUGUCGUUUACCUGUAUAUUCUUUAUAUUUAUACCUAUCUCAUUUCAUUGUAAUAAUUUUAAAGAGGAAAUGUUAACGAAAUCUGUAAUGAUGAUAUUUUUGACAGUGAUGAUAUUAAAUGUUCAACGUGUAGUGGAUUUUUGCAUUUUGCAUGUGCUGGGAUAAGGGAGACCUCUUUUCGUAAAAUGUCAAAUAAUGCCAGACUAAAUUGGUGUUGUAAUAACUGCAAAUUUUGUGAACCUAAUACAAGAAUACAGAAUACUAAGAAUGAUAUAGUUACGAAAAAUAUCGAACCUAUUAAUAAUGAGGAUAUUAAAAGCUUAAUAGAAUCAGUCAAUUUUUAUGAGCAAUAAAUUUGAUAGCUUUGAAAAAAAAAUGUAAGAAAUGGUAACAGUUAUUAAAGAAAUCAAGGAAGAAAAUCAAGAAUUCAAAGAGCAAAAUAAUAAAUUAAAAUAUGAAGUUACAACUCUAGAUAAACGUUUGAAUGUAUUGGAACAAAAAGUAAUAUAAAAUUUCGUUGAAAUUGUAGGUGAUCCGGAGGUAAAUAAUGAAGUCUGAGUAAAAACAGUGGUGUCAAUCGCUGAGUCUGUAGGAGUGAAAGUAAAUAUACUAAAAGUUUUUCGUAUUUUUCUGAAAAUUGAAAAUAAACCUAAGAAAAUAAUGGCAGAAGUACAGACAUACCAGAGCAAGAAAUCUAUGAUGGACAGUGCAAGGAAACGAAAAUUAAUAGGCAAAUCUGUUAAUACUAAUUGGAGUGAUGACAAGAUUUUUAUGAAUGACAGUUUAACUGCAUUUAAUAGAAAUCUAUUCUUUAAAGCUAGAGUUUUGGCUCAUGAAGUGGGCUAUAAAUAUGUUUGGUUUAGGGACUCUAAGUUGUUUAUAAAAAAAAAAGAAAGCACCAAAGCCAUUAUAAUUGAUAACGAGUUUGCUUUAUCUAAAUUUACUUAACUUACCACCGUUUUUUAUUAGAUACAUUUAAAUGUAUUAUAAUCCUUAAUUCAUAUGGAAAAUAAUC